CUCCAUCAUGACUGCGCGUGGGACUUUAAGAUGGUAUGGCCGCCCUCUUUUCAAAGGAUUCUGCCCAUCACAUACACUACCUACAACACAAACAACUCCUCACAACACUUAUUCCUUGAUCCCGACCCUUCAAACUCAAUUAGAACUUCUGAACUGAAACAAGUGAUUGGCUCCCCAGUGAAUCAGCACACUUAUAUCUCCGAUUGCCUUUCUCGGACAAUUACUACUCCGCAACAUGGGUCAAUCGCCAACCUCAGACUCAGCCAUGACCAGCACUACGGUGACUGAUAGCAUUUGCUCCCCCGGCUUAAACCUGGCUCUGCGAUUCCGACGUCUCUGCAGCAAGGUCGAAGUCACCGCUGUCGGGGUUUCUCCAUCCAGCUCAGCCGCCUACGCUGUUUACACAGCGGCGCAGACAGCCCAAUCCUGGAUCGACGUCUUUGACCUGACGAACCAGCGCGGCUACUCCAAGACGAGCGGGUCUCACGCUGCCUUUUCGCCCCAGGGAAACCGCUUCGCUACUGUUCGUGACUGGACUGUCCAGCUCGCUGGAGGGGUCGAGUAUCACCACAACAGCACCGUCCUGCUGCGCGAUGGGGCGACUGGGAAGACGGCGGGGGAGCUCAAGGAGGCAGACGGUGCACCUAUUGCGUGGAACGGCGAUGGGAGAAUCCUCGCUGCUGGAGAGGCCAACAACCGCAUGAGCAUCUGGGAUGUCCGCACCGGCACAAGAGUCGGCAGAGUCAUGAGCCACAUCGAUGCGGUUACCCACGCUGCAUUCAUGCCGGACAACAGCCUCGUCACAAUCUCGCGCGACGGCACCUUGCGCAUCACCAACCCUACGACAGCCAAAACUCUGCGCCGCCUGGAAAUCGAGAACUCGACUAAUCCACGCUGCCUCGCCGUCUCGGCAGACGGUCGCCGCAUCGUCUCCGUCUGGGACACGACCGUCCACGUCUGGCUGCCGCAAACCAACGACCUAACCUCGUACAACCUCAACAGCGUGCGCCGCAACGAAGGCUGGCCGCUGUGCAUCUCGCCCGACUGCCGGUACAUGACGUGCCGCACGGAAGAUGGGUUUGACAUUAUGGACAUUGCGUCCGGGGAGGUCGUCUUUGCGCGGGACGAGGACGUGAUUGUGACUUCCGCGGCGUUUGCGGCCGACGGGAAGACGCUGGUGUUUGGGAAGAUGGAUGGUAAUGUGGAGGUUUGGGAUGUGCGUGACGACAAGCUUUGAAUGAUGACUGUAUGAUAUGUGUCAAUAUGUGCGACGGAUGCAAGGAGUUUGGGUUCAUGAGGAUCUUACAGAUUGAACAUUGAUCGAGAAGUUGAGGCGUGGGUUCGUUUACUUCGAGGACUGGAUAUAAAGGGUAUGGAGGCGAAGGCGAUGCCGGUCAAGAUCAACUAGAUCCCCACUCGCCCUUCGCUCUGGGGGACAAAAGUAUUGUUAUUAUCAACUAAUGGCAAACACAUGCAGGAAAUAUUCUCCUAGCCUAAUCAAGCCAAAUAAAUACAAAC